CGCCACAAACAUCCCACUAAGGACCACUACUACUUAAAUUCCCCAAAAUACCCCUCGAUUUUCGUCAAAUUUACAUAACCUUGCCACUCCCUAUAAGUAGUUCAUCACCAGUUCAUUUUUCGCCGGGAAAAUGAUGGAGUUAGUUGCGCACGACGGCGAUCACGGCGGAGUAUGCGGCGGCGGAGGAGAAGAAGAGCUUUUGUUGUUGGAGGCGAACAAUGUGGAUCGUUCAUGGAGAUUGAACUUCGAUGAACUACGGUUAUCGUCGGAGAAUAAUAAAGAGAAAGAGAAAUCUCCUUCUCGUGGUCUUCAUGAUUGCCUUGGCGUUUUGAGUCAAGAAGACAAUAUUGCCGUAUACUACCAACAACAGGUGGAAAUGCUCGAGGGCUUCAAUGAAAUGGAUGCUUUGGCUGAUCGUGGUUUUGUACCUGGGAUGUCAAAGGAAGAGAGGGAAAAAUUGGCUAGAAGUGAAACAACUGCCAUUAGGAUAUCAAAUAUUGCAAACAUGGUUCUCUUUGCCGCUAAAGUAUAUGCAUCUGUCAAGAGUGGUUCAUUGGCCAUCAUAGCCUCCACGUUGGAUUCACUGCUUGAUCUUCUCUCUGGUUUCAUAUUAUGGUUUACAGCUUUCUCCAUGCAGACACCAAACCCGUAUCAAUAUCCUAUCGGAAAGAAACCUUUGAAAAAUGAUACACAGGGAAUCCUUGUUUUUGCUUCUGUCAUGGCGACUUUGGGACUGCAGAUAAUUCUGGAGUCUAUGCGUACACUAAUAUCUGAUGAGUCUGAUUUCAGCCUUACCAAGGAGCAAGAGAGAUGGGUUGUUGGGAUUAUGGUCUUUGUGACUUUGGUGAAACUAGUUUUGGUGUUGUAUUGCCGGUCUUUCACCAAUGAGAUUGUGAAAGCAUAUGCCCAGGAUCAUUUCUUCGACGUUAUCACAAACAUCAUUGGACUAGUCGCCGCUUUGCUUGCUAACUACAUCACUGACUGGAUAGACCCUGUUGGAGCUAUGAUUCUCGCGUUGUACACCAUUCGAACAUGGUCAAUGACCGUGUUAGAGAACGUGAACUCCCUAGUCGGUAAGGCAGCUGCACCAGAAUAUCUACAGAAGCUAACUUACCUCUGCUGGAACCAUCACAAAGCCAUAAAGCAUAUCGAUACAGUCAGAGCCUAUACAUUUGGUUCUCACUACUUUGUCGAAGUUGAUAUCGUCUUACCUGCAGACAUGCCAUUGCAAGAGGCACACGAUAUCGGUGAGUCAUUGCAGGAGAAGCUCGAACUAUUGCCAGAAAUCGAGCGUGCAUUCGUUCAUCUCGACUACGAAUACAGCCACAAACCUGAACAUGCACAAGCAUACCUAUAAUCAAAACUCUGAUAAUAGGUGACAUCUUCUCUAACCACUUGUACCUAGUAUACCUCUCUGCAUAAAUGAACUCUGCAAUGCUGCUCGAAAUCGAGCAAUCUGGUAUUGAUAUUUAAAAGAAAAGCUGGCUAUUAUAUGGUAGAACAGGGAUUAUGAAUUAUAUUUUUGUUAAUUUAACCUUGCUUAUUCAUAUAUUAUAUAUAUAUAUAUAUAUAUAUAU